AUGUCGACUUACUCUCGAGAAAACUCGAGGGACCGUGCUGAGUCUCGGAUAGUGAAGCAUCAACAUUCGUUUUCCGAGUCCGGCAGAAGCUCCGUGCCCAUGUGGGACAGCUCAGAUCCAGACCGAGCACCUCCUCCGCUACCACUGAAUCCUGGAGGGCCAGGAAGCCCAAUCACUCGAUCUAAUACAUCGAAACGUAUUGAUGAAGCCGCUGCCUUGAUCACUGCGAAGGCGCGGGAGAAUGCGCCUAGCUCUUACACAAGCAACCCUCCACCUACUUGCGUCUCACCCGACAGAAACAUCAUGCGAGCGCAGAACCGACGAAUGCAGAGCAUCCAAAGCCCCAGUAUCAACCGAUUGAGCGAUUCUCUGGAGAGAAGAUCACCAGAAAAGGGACUUAGGACUGCUAGAUUUGUCGACUUCGAAGAUCUACACAACAACCGAACCUCGGAGCGCCCGCGUAGAUCAGAAACCCCUACACCCAGUGAAAGAAAGUCAAGAGACUUUGAAAACACUCCACCAGGGUCAAACAUGCUUGCGCUACAAAGCGUAAGGAAUAGGCAGGACCCGGCGCCGCUUGGGGACAUCACAAACGGCACCUCACCUCCGAUUCCCAACUUCUCGUUCGACUCUCUCUCCUCGCAGAUCUUGAGCCUGACGAGUAUUGUCACCAAUGUGCAGAAGGAAAUGGCGAGCUUGAAUAAGCGGAGCAAGGACAACUAUACAGACUUGAUGGGCUUGAAGGAGGCAGCCACAUCCCGAGAUGAAGACAUCCGAAAGAGCCUACGAGAACUCGUUGCUGGUUUGGAAACUAAACUUAGCAGCCUGGAUACUCGUCUUCUCUCUGCAUCCGAAUCCAGUCGGCCGAAUUCCACCAUUGGGGGCCUGUACUUGGAUGACAAGGCCCAUAACAUUACAACGCCUCGUAAGAGCUUCGGUCUUCCUCGGAUUGGGAGUCCUACAAGUUUCUCAGCCCAACUCGAGCGGGAAAUGAGUGCUUCUCCCUCACUGGCUUGUGUCGAUGGUGCUGCGAGCAUCGCUCUCCUGGAAAAGGUCCUCAGAGAAAUGGCCACUCGCGAAGGCCAAGAUAACAUUAUCAAUACCCUGGAGGCUGUUAAGUCUCAGGUUGCCAAAAGUUCAAACACCAUGGUUCCUACACAAUCGACGGUCGACCCAAAUAUGAUGUCAAAGUUGGAGGAUGUCUUGAACACCAUGAAAGAAUUGAAGACAGAGUCAGGCUCUCGAGCAUUGAUCCGCUCCAAUGGCAACGAAAACUUGAAGCGAACUUCUCAUCUUGAUGUGUUCCUGGAAGACACCGCCAGUCCCAAGUCGAAGCCGAACUCCGAAGGAAGAGCAUCAUUCCCCGGAUCCGAUAAUCUCACAGAAGAAAUCGCGAAGACACUGAAGAGUGUAAAGCAGUCAAUGGCGCAUAAUGGUGGUCUUACCAACGAGGUCAAAGUCCUGGUCCGCGAAUUGCGCGGUGAAGUACUUGGAAUGGGUCGGGAAAUCGGAAGGAAGUUGGAGCAAUCGGCUUUGGCCAAAGGAACCGAUCCUGAUGCUCAUACGGUAUUUCAAACUGAGAUCGCGACCACCGUGCAGCAGGGCUUAGCUGAACUCAAAGAACACUUCCAUCAGAUUGUUCACGAAAACAGAGGCAGGUCUAUGGAAGUCGCUCGUUCGUCAAAUGACACCCAAGAACUUGUUCGAGCUGUACGCAACGCCUUGGCCGAAAUGCCGCAACCAACUAAGGAGCCCGUUAGAGAUCCAGCUGCAGAACGGGAGGAACUACUGGUGGCUGUCAGAGAAGCGUGGGAGGACUGCAAACCCGAAAUUGCUCUGGAGCACUUUGGGCUGGAACGAGACGAGAUACUGGAGUGCCUCAAAGAAGGCUUGAAAUCUUACCAGCCCCAGCAAUCGACAGUACAAGACACCGGCGUGACAUACGACGAAGUUGUUCAGGCUGUCCAAAAAGGACUUGCGGAUUACACACCACCGACUGUACCCACUCCAAUUGGGAUCUCCCAAGACGAAGUCUUUUUGGCCGUCCGACAAUGUUUGGACAGCUUUGAAUGGCAGAAUGUUCAUCUAGCACAACCCUCUGAUGCCGGGCUGACGAGGGAAGAUGUUACUGGCGCGGUUGAAGAGGCUCUGGCCCGGCAAGAAUUGGUUACUCAAGAUUUUGUGACUGAGAGCUUGAAAAAUGGCGUUUCCCAGUCAGAGCCGGUUGCGAAGGAGAUCGAAUUCAAUCGGGAAGACUUGUUUGAUGCCAUCAGAGCCUGCCUGGAGGGCGAUCAGAACCCUCUAGGUGGCAUGGGCGAAAAGGUUAUAGAAGCGAUGCAUGAAUUCCUGGGAAGUAUGAAAACCGAAUUUCAACAGUACUCAGCUGCGAGUGGGAAGGACACCGAACAAGUACUUGACGCUCUGAAAGACGGUCUGGAGGAUUUACGAGCAGACAUUGAAAGCUACGUCGAUCGUGCUGCAGAUGUCACUGGCAAAGACGAGAUUAUAGACACGGUAAAAGCUGGGUUUGCUGCGAUGCAGGCCGAUAUCGACAAAGGCUUCGCGACUCGAACAGGUGGAGCGCCAAAUACACCGGAGCUGCUUGACGCGAUGGAAAAGGAGUUCGAGCAUCUUCGCGACACCAUCAACAAGGGCAUGGCCAGGAACGAAUCAUUGUCAGACAAGGACGAAAUACUUGAUGCUAUCAGAGAUCUUUCGGACGAUCGACAAUCAUCCCUGAGCGGGAACACUGAGGACCUUGCCCGCCUAGUAAAGGAAGAGCUGGAACACAUGCGGGCCACUCUUGCCGGCACUCUGAUUAAAAACGGGUCUUCUUUGGACCGAGACGAAGUUCUGGACGCCAUCCGUGAAGGAUUGGAGGCGUCUCGCUCCGGGCAUAGAAUGGACGGAUCGGAGAGUAUUCUUUCCAAUACCAGCGAGCUGUUGGACGCCUUCCAGGAUGGUGUAGACGGCAUCAGAGCCGACAUCCAGAAGCUAAACGAUCGGCCAAUCGAUCUGAGCGCCAGUGAAGAGGUUCUGGAUGCUUUGAAGGCAAGCGUUGAAGGCAUUCGCGAAGACAUCUUCCGCCUUCACGAAAAGGAAAAGGAUGGUUCCGAUUCGGGCACCGCAAGGGGACAGGAAAUGGUCAUCCACGACCAAAACCGAAUCUCGACAGAAAUUGAAGGCCUGAAGGUCAUGAUCACCCAGCUGCGGAUCAAAGUCGAAGCAUUAGACGGUCUGGGUGCUACAGCCGUUCCCUCCGAGACUCGAUUACACAGGGACGAUAUGAAUGAGCUUCAAGAUGCCAUUCAGCAUGUUGGUGAAACGAUUGCCCAGACGAGUGCUGAGGAAGUUCAUGUUCAUAGGGAUGACUUGGAUGGCAUUUACACUGCAAUCAAUGAGGUCCACAGUUCGGUCAAUCGCAUACGAGAUGCAGGCCUGCCAGAGGUUGUCAUGCCUGAGAAUGCCGCAUCGAAGGAUGAUACAGAUGCCAUCGAGACGUUGCUCCGAAACAUAAAGGCCAGGCUGGACGAAGUCCUUUCCCCGGAAUCAGAACCAUUGGCGAAAUCUAGUCAGCUUGACGCAGUCGAGUUUGGCCUCAAGGACCUCAAAGAAGUCGUCGAAGAAUGUACCCAACGUUCCGGCGAGCAGACUCACAAAGAAGAUUUCACCAUCAUCGAGCUCAUGCUGAAGGAUGUGCAGGGCAAUAUCGAAGACUUUAAGUCAAAGCUGGAUGGAGUUAACCGCGAUGAUAAUGGAUCCAUCAGCAAGACCGAUGUCGAGGUCAUCAAAACAUUAUGCAUGGAUAUCAAGAGCCAAAUGGAGUCUAUCAAGCUCCCCAGCUUAGACGGGUUGCCAACCAAGGAAGACAUUAACGAUGUCAAAAACGACAUCAAGUCUUUCCGAGAACAGUUUGAGGCCGAUAAUGGACUGACGGCUCAAGCUUUUGAGGCAAGAAAAAUCGAGCACGGUGGAUUGGCCACCAAAAUCGACGACGUCAAGAGUAUCAUCAGCGAUGUUCGGGACGAGUUCAUGGCAAAGGUCGACGGCAGCGCAGAAGGCAUCGUCGAGCUGAACAAGGUGCUCGGAAUGCACCAUGAUGACAUGAGCAAAUACGCUACUUCAUCAAGCAUUGCGAAGAUGUCAGAGAUGAUCAAGACCGAACUCGAACGGCACAUGGAUCAUCACGCGAACAUCAAGUCCGAGAUGGAGGAACGCGAUGCCACGUUGUUCAACAAGCAUGAAGAAACCGGAGCUGACAUCAAGAUGGCCAUCGAAGAGAAGUUCAUCGAACUCAUGACCAAAUAUGAUGAUGCUCAGCAAGCCAACGAGAUCAAGCUGGCUGCUCUUGAAGAACGUGAUGGCGCUCAUUUAGAAGCCACCACUGGCACGAGGGCUGUGGCGGAUGAACUCAAGUUGUUGAUAGAUACUCUGGGUUCUACAGUUACUGAAACCUGUGAGCGGGUGUCCGAGGACUCGAAGACUGUCUUUACAUCGAUUGAGGAUUCCAAUUCGAAACUGGAAAAUCUUCACAGUGCUAACGCCUUCGAGCACGGAGUGACGCGAGAAGAGGUCGCCAAAACACUAGCUGCUGUGACGAGAUUAGAAGGAUCUGUGGCGGAAAAGCAGCCCGCCUUACUCUCCGCCAUUCAACAAGUCCUGGGUGUGGUCAGCCAACACUAUGAGCAUUCGCAACAGCAGAGUGAGAGCUUCACUCGCGCCACUGAAGAGAUCAAGUCAGGGGUGGACUCGAUCCCCUCAGCCAUUCCUCCUCUGCUGCCCGCCUUACCAGCCACACCAGCGAGUCCCGAGAUCUCUAGAGAAGUGCCUGUGCAUGAGAAAUAUGACGAUAGCGAGGUGCAUGAUAAGCUUGACACCCUUCUCUCACACGCAGCAUUGGCCAAAGAAGUUUUUGCGGGCAUCGAAAACCGGCAAAAUGAUACUCGAGACUCUUUGGCUGGACUAUCGAAGCUUGACGAGAUCCAUGCCCAGGUGAUGGCUACAGCUGCGGAGAUUGCCAGCAUGGUCACCACCCAAGCCAGGCUCAUGGGUGAGCAUCACGAGUCGAAAGUGGCCGAGGCGGCCGAGGCGGCCAUUGCGCUGGAAAAGCGGACAGCUCAAAAGGAGAAAGUUGAAGCCGAUAUCGUUGCUCUCAACCAAGAGAAGAACGUGCUCGUCGAGGCUAUGGCAAGUCUCAAACGUGAACAAGAAGAGCUAAGUGGACAGACCAAGAGGUUGAAUCGUGAAGUGGCCAAACUUGAGACGGCACUCCAGCUACGACAAGAAGAAAUCCGUCAGAUGAACCUCCAAGCUGAAGCUGUGGAGCGUCGUAUUGUGGAUGGGCUUGUCAAUCAGGCGAGAUCCAUCCAUCCCAAGAGGUCCAAAGCCAGGGGGAUCAAUUCGGCCGAGAGAGAUGCUUCGAUGAGCCUCAAGCGUGUUCCUAGCAAUGCCACGACUGUGACUGCCAAAGCCUCCGUCAAAGACGGUAAUUCAUCGAUCGGCAGCGCGGUUGGCAUGGCACUGAAGAAGCGAGCCCCCUUGACGUCCAACGCCCGAGCCUCCACCACUCCGAGGACGUCUGCAGUCGACCGUCGCAUCUUGAGUACCAGCCAUGUCACAGGCAACCGUGGGCGCAACACUCCCGACAUGGCAUUGAUGCUCGCGCCCGCGCCAAAGCCGGCCACGGGUCUGGUCAGCUUAAAGCGAAGCCAAUCAGUGAAGAGCAAUCCCAGCAGCUAUGCGAAUGGUCGAAAGGCGAGCUGGAAUGGAGUCACAUCUGAACUCACAGACAAAGAGAACUUCGACAUGGGCCACGAUGAGAGCGAGGAUGAUUCACAAAGCGAUGCAAGCACUGAAAGACGAACCAGCCUCGGCACCAGCUACAUGUACACUGACAGCAUGACGUAUGGCACUGGCAGUUCGUUGAGCGGACGCAGCCGACUGUCAACUGGCAGUAGCAUCGUUGGCACUGUCAACGGUCGCACGGAGAGCAUUGCAGAAGAAGAUGAGGAGCAAGCGGUGGACUCGACUGCUUUGGUUUUACAUGACGCCGGACAAGUCAACUCAGGACAAGACAACUCGAUGGCAAUCACAACACUUGAUGGCCUGGAGACGCCAAAUGUCGUUGCAGAAGUCUUGUCUGACCUUCAACCUCCACCCCUCUUGACGGCAGAGGGAUUGAAAUACCACCUUGGUAGUGACAGUGGACUUGGUACCGAGCCUCUUACAGCAGGGACGGAGGAGAGAAUUGGUGAAGCACAAGAGUACUUUCGGAUGACGGCGCAGGAGAUGCAGCAGUGA